GCGCUAGGCUCAGUGUACUGCAAGUCGUCGAGGGGAGGAGACGUGCCUCGCUCGCUCCCGCCCGCUCACACGUGAUUCUGCGUCCGGUAUCGGGGACUUCGACUGUCGUUGCGUCAGUCGCUGGAGGGUGUUAGCUGCAUCCACAUUGUUCCUCCGUCAGUAGCAACGAUUGCCUUUGCUUUAUGAGGCUGGACAGAGAGGGUUGUCGUUGCGUUUUCCUGGUUUGAGAAAUGACUUGACUGCAGAGCUGCGCGAGUGUGAGGGAGGGACGGUAGCGUGGCUGGCGUGGCGAGGGCAGCAGCCAGGCUGUCAGGGCUCGUGGUGCAGCGGCGAGCUGGAUGUUCACUGCAUCGCCUCGCUGUUUCAGAUCUUAGCGGGACGAGCGAAUCUUGUGCCGAGGUUGCGGCGGACAGUCCCGUGGCGCCGUGAAGUGCCGGGGCACCGAGUUUGUCACGUCGCGAGGGUGUCAGCGCUUCGCCGCGAUAGUGUAGUGAACUGUCUUGCCCCGUGGGUGUGCCCUGGACGCGGGGAAUCCUUAUCAGCGGGAACUGUCUGUCUUGGCGUAGGAGGAGAGAGAGGCGAGUCACUGCAGGGCGACGCUGACCACGUGUGAUGGCCAGAGGCGGGAGAGAGGUAAAGCAGCAGUGACAGCGCCGCCAAGACCCGAGGGGCACCAGUGAGGGCGGGAGGUGCCGGCCGUGCGAGGCGGCUGUUGGUGGGGCCUCACUCACACCGCCGCCAUGACCACCUCCUCUUCCUCCACCAAUUCCUCUUCUUCCUUCUUUUCCUUCUCUUCAACCUCCUCCUCAUCCAGUAAGCCCCACCCAAGGAGGACUCAAGGCUCGCCUCCUCCCUUCUCCUUUCUACAGUUGCGUCUUCUGCCUCUUCACCUGCUGCUGCUGCUGCUGCUUUACACAGGUGUGGCCUCGGGUGAUCCCCCCAUCAGAACGCGCUUCUCUGGCACCAUUGGCAACGUCACGGUCACUGUGGGUCGUGAUGCCUCGCUAUCCUGCACUGUCGAGGAUCUUGGAGAACAUAAGGUGGGCUGGAUUCACCUGAAGCGACAGAUGAUCGUGGCAGUUCACACUCGUCUCAUAGCUCGCAUCUCUCGCUACUCUGUCACGCACGACUCUCACAAGACCUGGACGCUGCACAUCACGGGAGUCACGGAGGAGGACAGCGGUUACUACAUGUGCCAGAUCAACACAGACCCCGCCAUCUCGCAAGUCGGUCUUCUUCAGGUGGUGGUGCCGCCUACCAUCGUGGACGAGGCGAGCAGCAGCAGUGAGAUUCAGGUGCGAGAAAAAGCCAACGUCACCCUCCGCUGCGCCGCCCGAGGAGUGCCGGAGCCGAGGAUUAUGUGGAAGAGAGAGGAUGGAGCCAUGAUCGUUACCAACACCAGGAACCCGGAAGCGGUGCACAAUGGGCCCACUCUUUCGCUGCGGCAGGUGAGCAGGACCCACAUGGGCGCCUACCUGUGCAUCGCGUCCAACGGGGUGCCGCCUUCCGUCAGCAAACGUAUCACCCUGGACGUGGAGUUCCCCCCUCAGAUCCACGUGCCCAACCAGCUGGUGGGGGUGCCUACUGGUGACAACGUGACCAUAGAGUGCUUCGUGGAGGCGUUCCCCAAGGCCAUCAGCUACUGGGUGGGUAAGGGCAUGAUGAUCCUCAACUCGGAGAAGUACCGCUCAGAAACCUUCGAGACCCUGUACAGCAUCCACAUGAAGCUCACCAUCUACAACUUCUCCCGCGACGACAACACCACCUACCAGUGCGUGGCCAAGAACUCCCUGGGCGAGACGGAGGGCGACAUCAAGCUGAACGAGAUCUACAUCCCGCCCAAGGCCAAGGAAAUCCGCAGCGGCAACUCCAAAAACGAAGACUUGUCAGAGCAGAGUCCCCGCAAGGACAAGGAAGACGACAACAACUCCCACAACCACAACCACCACCUCCUCCACAACCACGACAACAACGACAAGCAACAAGUGGACGACUCCUACGACAGGUCCCCCCCAGUCCCCCAGUCCGCCCACCCCAACAGCCACGACGUGGUGAUGCCAGAGAUGACCCACGAAGGAAUAAGCUCCUCAGGUACUCCCGCCGCCGCUGCGCCUCGCCACCUCUCGCUGCUUCUCUUCCCGCUCCUCCUCGCUGGCCUCCACCACUUCCUCCUCCUGCGCCGCCACACAUUAGUUGAUAAGUAGUCGGUGCUCAGCGAGAUGACAGCUGAACACGACGAGACCAGCUGGAACGUGCGUCUGCGUGUGUGUGCGUGUGUGUGAGGUGAAGUGAAAGAACCAUGACAACUCUGGGAAAAAGAAGGAAAGAGAAAAUAAGGAAAGAAAAAAAGUGAAGUAUAUAAGUGUGCAUAGAACAAUGAAGCUUUACUAAGAGACAGUGCAUACCUACUUACGAUUGAAGAGAGAGAGAAUUUAUUUCUUGGUAUUAUAUUGAUCGUUUUAUGAAGGUUAUUGUUAUUAUUAUUAUUAUUAUUAUUAUUAUUAUUAUUAUUAUUAUUAUUAUUAAUAAUAUUAU